UUGUUUUUGUAAAAAAAAAAACAAGUGGAAAUCUAGCCUUAGAGACCUCCUUGUGCCAGCAACAUGCACCCAAAACAAUAAGGCACACAUAGUCAAUCCUUCUGGUUUUGCUCUAAACUAAAUGUCAUAAAAUGUUGUUGAAAAAAAUGCAUGCACCAAACACGUGACAAAUGUAGUAACAAAAUAACUUCUAAACUGCUUGAUUAAGCCCCCUCCCUGUAGAAUAAAUAUGGUGUGACCCUUGCCUCAGUAUAUACUCAGCCCUGAGUGAACAAUACUCACACCAAUUCAUAAGGUUGGGGCCCAAUUGGAAGCAGUGUGGUGCUCAGGUGAUAUGAAUCAGGACUUGAGCAGAUGGAUGAAGCCUACUCAAAUUCAGGCUAUUGCCAAAUUCUCUUCAUGUAGUCUGAAAGGGAAUCCUUUAAUGGCUGAAGCAAGUGCCUUAACAUCUAUAUUCUCAGAGAAUCAUGAAGCAGAAGAUUUCAGCUGUUCGGUUUGCCAGGAGAUCUUUCAGACACCAGUCAGGACUCAUAACUGUCAGCAUGUUUUUUGCAGAAAAUGCUUGUUGAUGGCUGUUAAAGCAAGUGGGGCCCAUUGCCCUCUCUGCCGUGGGGCAUUAUUUAGAUGGGAAAGAUCAGCACCAACAAGAGCUUCUGACAUAGAAACGAAAAUGAGGAUCCUUUCGCUAGGGUGCACAUACUGUGGGAAGCAGGUGAAGUUGUCCUACAUGCGACUCCACUACAAGUCCUGCCGGAGUUACCAGGAGGAAUUUGGAAUUGCCCCCAAAGACUCGAAACUGAAGAGUGACCCAUGUGCUGCCAAACUGUUUGAUACAGGAUACAAGUGUCCACUGUGCCAUCAGGAGAAUCUGGGUAGAAAAGCCUUACUGGACCACUGUAACUUCAUGCAUUAUUUUGAAGUUGUAGAAGCGGUGUGCCCUAUAUGCUCGGCUUUGCCUGGUGGGGAUGUCUAUCAUGUAACUGGGAAUUUUGUUGGACAUCUAAAUGCUAGACACCAGUUUAAUUAUGAAGAGUACAUGAAUGUCUAUCUUGAUGAAGAAGCCCAGUUCCAAGCUGCAAUUGAAAAAUCCUAUCAAUCUUUGUUUUGAGUAAAGUAACAAAAUUGUAAACAUUCUUAAAUUGAAAAAUGGCAAAUUUGUGUUGUUUUUUU